AUGGGAGAGAGUUCUCUAUCGAAUCUCGAACAGAGAUCUAAGGCUUUACAGGAUGAGAUUGAUGAAAGCGACAACUUUGCCAAGAUGAAGACGCACUGCGAUGAGUUAUUUCAUAUUUUGACGGAUUUAAGUCCCAGUUUGUCACCGUAUGACAAGGAGAGGUGCCAGUCAAGAGUUGAUUUCCUCCUUAAACAGAUUAACACGAAAGAAUCAUCAGCCAGUAAGGGAUCAAAAUUAUUCCAGUUUCAAAGGAAACCAAGGCCUUCAAAAAAAGUAGUGAGAACUCAUAAUGCAACUCAAGAUAACUAUCAAAAGGCUAUAACUACAACAAAUGAGCAAAUCGUUGUAACAGAACCUUCAGCCGUCUACGAAGACUUGAAUCACUGUCAAGUAACUACGAAGAAAGAACAUACUAUUGAAAAAGCUGGAUCGUUCAUCUUACGCAAAGUCAAUAACACUUUGGUCAGAUGUCAGCCACUAGCUUUUGAGACCGGUAGUCUAUUCAUUACUGAUUGUGAACGCUCAUCUAUUGUAUGCGACCUACCGCCGCACAACGCAGUACAAGUUAGAUUGCACAAUUUAAAGAACUGCAAGUUAUUUCUACUCCCCACUGAUACUACAUCUAAACAAGUGGUUAUUCUCGAAAAUUGUACAAACUGUAUCUUCCACGAGGACACAAAAGGUAGACUCGAGAUCAAAAAUUUCACAAGUUUGAAUUUGACUGAAGAUAGUCCCUUGGACUACAAAUACGAAUCAUACGACAUUUAA